CACAUCCCCACACGCGCUUGCUGACCGAGACAGAGCCGCCAUGCAGCCUGACGGAUGUAGCUAUUUUAUCUCCGAAUGAUCUCAGUAUAAAUAUCUGAGUAUAACGGUGUUCUGUUCCAUUUCCUCUUUCUCAAUCAGCUUCUCUGCUUCUCUGCUUCUCCCUUCGCUCUUCAAUCAAUCACCUCUACCCAUCAACUCUUUCCAAUCCUCUCCAUAGACCUCCAACAUGCCCUUCCCACCUCCAACCCCGCAGCCCAAGACGCCCCUGGGCCGCUACAGACUGUUGGCUCCAACGGCAUCUGUUCGAGUCAGCCCAUUGUGUCUUGGGACAAUGAACUUCGGUAACGAUUGGAAGGACUUCAUGGGCGAGUGUGAUCAGAAGACUACCGAAGCCAUUCUUGACUACUUCUAUGAAUCCGGCGGGAACUUCAUCGACACAGCCAAUAACUACCAGGCCGAGGAGUCCGAGAAAUGGCUUGGAGAAUGGAUGAAGAAGAGGGGAAACAGAGACCAAAUGGUCAUCGCCACCAAGUUCACAACAUGUUACCGCGCUGGCAAAGGCGACAAGGAGAUCAUCAUCAACGCCACCGGCAAUGGCACCAAGUCUCUUCACCUCUCAUUGGAGGCCAGCUUGAAGAAGCUGCAAACCACCUAUAUUGAUCUGCUCUACGUUCAUUGGUGGGAUUUCACCUGCUCCAUUCCCGAGCUGAUGCAAUCCCUCAACGCCAUGGUCCUCGCUGGCAAGGUCCUGUACCUCGGUAUCUCUGACACCCCAGCCUGGAUCGUCAGCAAGUGCAACGAAUACGCCCGCCAAAACGGAAUGCGUCAAUUUUCCGUCUACCAAGGCCGCUGGAGCGCGGAGCACCGCGACUUCGAGCGUGACAUCCUCCCAAUGUGCGCUGCUGAAGGCAUGGGCUUGGCCCCGUGGGGAGCUCUCGGAGGCGGUAACUUCAAGUCCGACGAGCAGCGGAAGAGCCAGGAACAAGGCAGGCGCAGCGAGGCCAGCGAGGCGGCAAUCAAGAUCAGCAAAGUGCUCGAGAAGAUCGCCAAUGCCAAGAAGACACAGAUCACCAGCGUUGCUCUGGCAUACGUUAUGCAGAAGGCGCCCUACGUCUUCCCGAUCGUUGGAGGGCGCAAGAUUGAGCACCUGAAGGGCAACAUCGAGGGCCUGACGCUUGAGCUGAGCGAGCAGGAGAUCAGUGAAAUCGAGGGCGCUACUCCCUUCGAUAUCGGCUUCCCGCAAAACUUCCUGGGCGGUCCUAAGGGCGUCAAGUCGCCCGGUGAUGUCUGGUUGAUGUCCAUGGCUGGCGUCCAAGACUACGUCCCAGGGCCCAAGCCUAUCCCACCAAGACCCAACUAGGGUAGUAGAAUUACUAGAAUGUAUAUACUGAGUAUAUAGAAAACGGAAAGUCAAAAACCUAGGUAUUCAUGAAUAAGCUAUCCCCUU